AUGUCGUGGCCUAGACCCGCUCGUGGGAUCCUGCAGGCUGAUCCCAAGGACAACGUCACAAUUAUAAAGGCAGUACGUACACAGUACAACAAAACAAUAUGCCAAAAGGAUUUAAGUGUUAUCUUCUUCGACAGUGUGCUCCAAGAGACGAGACUAACAAUGUCUGCUGAAAGCGAAGGACAAGGCACGGACUCCAGGUGGGUGGUGGUGGGUUUGUCUGGAGUGACGCGGGGAGGAAAGACCUCGCUGGCCUUGAAUCUCCUCUCUUGCCUCCCAACCACUACAGCCUACCUCAGCCAGGACGAGUACAUCCUCCCUAAUAGCCAUCCUGCCCACUCCGCAGCCCCUGAACCGUUGAGUGGCAUAAACAAAGAGACACUAGCUAGCAUUGAUAUGAGCCGUAUGAUGAAAGAUUUGCGGCGUGUCCUGGCAGCAGAACCAAGCAGCUUGACCCUCUCCGACCCUGAGAACUUGAUGGACAGAAGUCAGGUGGUAGGCUGCGCCUUGCAGGAACCUCGGCCUCCUCUUAAGGGCCGUCAGAGAACCUCUAGGCUACCGGCAGUAUUAGUGUUAGAUGGGUUUCGCCUCUUUGAACAUACAGAUGUACUGUCGUUGUGUCAUCUCCGUUAUUUUCUAACACUGACGCGCGAACAGUGCGUAGCGAGAGGCAAACAGAGCCCACGUACUUCGUCCUUCAUAAACUCUCCCCAAUACUUCGACUUGUGUGUGUGGCCGAAGUACGAAGAGUACCUGGCGAUGCUUAUAGACAAUAGUGGAGCUGACAACAUACGCUUCCUAGAUGGUGCCUCACCGCCAGACGCCCUUGCAAAGACAGUGGAGAACGAGGUGAAAUCCCUGCUUGGGCUGAGUGAAUACUGCUCUUAGAUGUUGAUCCUCUGCUAGUAUUUUAAAAGAUAGAUACCGAUUCAUU